UUUGAAGUAUCUUUGGCAUGGAAAUACACAAAUGCAAUAACAAACUUGAGUGAACUUGAGGGUCUUGGCUGCACCAUCUUACAUGAAGUGGAUGUUCACAACAUGAAUCAACACCUUUAUCUCAAGUACCAUCGUAAUUUUGAUCGAAUAAUCUUUAAUUUUCCUCAUUCCGGUGUGUUUUCACGUGAAAAUUAUGUCUCGGUGAUUGAGCAACACAAGAAUGUAGUGAGUGGAUUUCUAAGAAAUGCAAAGGACAUGCUUAGUUAUUUUGGUCAAAUUCAUAUUACCCACAAAACAACUCAUCCUUAUAGUUGCUGGAAUAUCAAGAAUCUUGGAGAAGAUUUGGGAUUAUCAUUUCUUGAAGAGGUGGAUUUUGAUCAAUUUUCUUACCCAGGUUACAAUAAUAAGAGAGGUGCUGGCUCGAAUUGUGACCAAAGUUUUCGUAUCGGAGAGAGUAGCACUUUUAAAUUUUGUUUCCAUGGUUAGACUCAUGUACCUUAAAUGAAGAGAAGUGGAAAAUCUCAAAUUCAAAUUCAAGUACUUUUAAAUUUUAUUUUGAAGAGAUUGUGAACUUUUCCGCGUGAAAGUUGAAACAA